CUACUUUCAGCACCAAGGACAGCAUCUUCCUCUUCCUCCUCCUCAGCAGCACAGACACCAUGGCAGAGACUCACCUUCAAGGAGUGGAAAUCUCAGCCACACAGUUCCUGGAAAUCUGGCGUCAUUAUGAUACAGAUGGCAAUGGGUUCAUUGAAGGGAAAGAGCUGCAGAACUUUAUACAGGAGCUCCAGCAAGCCAGGAAGAAAGCUGGACUGGAAUUAUCGGAUAAAAUGAAAGCCUUUGUGGAGGAAUAUGGACAGAACAGUGAUGCAAAGAUUGGCAUAGUAGAGCUCGCCCAGAUCCUGCCGACCGAGGAGAAUUUCUUGCUGUUCUUCAGACAACAGCUGAAGUCAAGCGAGGAGUUCAUGCAGACAUGGCGGAGAUAUGAUACUGAUCACAGCGGCUACAUAGAAACAGAUGAACUGAAGAAUUUCCUUAAAGACUUGUUAAAGAAGGCAAACAAACCAUACGAAGAUUCAAAGCUGGAGGAAUAUACACAGACCACGCUUAGAAUGUUUGAUUCAAACAAUGAUGGGAAGCUGGGGCUUACGGAAAUGGCAAGAUUGCUGCCAGUCCAAGAAAACUUCCUUCUAAAAUUUCAGGGUGUUAAGAUGUGUGGUAAAGAAUUUAACAAAGCCUUUGAAUUAUAUGACAAGGAUGGCAGCGGCUAUAUAGAUGAAAAUGAAUUGGACGCCUUACUGAAAGAUCUCUGCGAGAAGGAUAAAAAGGAACUAGACAUUAACAACAUUUCAACCUACAAAAAAAGCAUCAUGGCCUUAUCAGACGGAGGGAAGCUGUACAGAACGGAGCUGGCUCUAGUCCUUUGUGCUGACGAAAACUAGCGACUUGUCUUCUGCUCACUGUAUCCCACAGGCUCCAGGAGAAAUAGGCUCCGACAUCAAACUUCUUUUAUAUCUGUAAAUCUAACUGCAUAGAGAGAAUUAGCCAGAAUGUGCUGCAAAUGAUUCUGUUAUUUUUUUUUUCCUUUUUAAUUUGUUUCUAUACUGUUUGUAAUGUACAGUUUUUGUAACUACAAGGGGAGAAACAUAAGGAUGUCUUUGCGAGAGACAGAAUGAAUGUUUGAGAAGAGAAGUAGCGGGGGCUAUGUGCAGAAUAGGCUUUCUUCGCAUGUUGCAAGCGUUAGAAAUCCCUGAAAACGCCGAUAAAAUCAAACCCAUAGCUCUCUCACUCCCGUGGAACUGCAAACCCCAGCAAGCCCUGCCUCUGAUGGCCUCAGGGAAGCUGCCGCACAAGUUAUUGAAGGCUAAACUGAGGCGUUGACGCACAAUUUAUGGCAGGGUCAUUAACUAGCGCAUGAUCUUGGAACAGUAGAACUUUCCUUUCUUGUAUGGCUUUGGUGCAUAGCCGCCUUUUUGUUUUCUUUUCAGUUCUAGACAUUCGGUACUUAAAUAGACAACAGCCUACCUAAGUGCCCCCUGGAGAAUGUUGAAGGGGCUCUACAGUAUUUAGAGGUGGAGCUCAGUAAUCUGGGGACUACUUUAUAAUUUGAUCCCAGGGAAUGUGGUUGCAUAGACACACUGGGACGACUUACCUGCACACAUCUAGAAUUCUUGCUGACGAUAUCUUUAUAGGGAUCGGUGCUGUGAGACACAAAUACAAACUCUCUGAAUUGACAUAGAGCUAAAGAGGACCUGUCACCCCUUCUGACAUGUCUGUUUAGUAAAUGUAUUCCACAUGACAUAACUAUUCUGAAGCAUUUAUUCUUACGAUUAUGUUGUCCCAUUCCUCUUUUAUUCCUGCUAGACGUUUAUAAGGUACAACUGAAUUUUAUGAGUGGGGAUGUCCCUGCACCGCCUGACACUGUGCAAUUAUUACUACUAGUGACAGACUGUGCAGGGACAUACCCCUUUGACAAGGGAAAUAGCAACACCCAUUGAGCAAUAAAGUCAUACACUUCUAGUAGCAAAAACUGAGGAACAGAACAAUAUUUUGCAUGAGGAAUGCAAGCAGUUACAAAAUCGGACACGUCAGGAGAGGUGACAGGUCCUUUUAAAAGAUGGAAUUUAUAUUGCCUGCUGCUACCACCAGAGGGAGCUUAGGAGCUUUAUUACACACUGUUGAACUUUAAACUGUUGAACAUGGUGUCCUAUCUGCAGGCAGCAGGUUAUAGAGCAGGAUCAGCAGAGCAGAUUGACAUAUAGUUUUAUAUUAAAAGAUUUAAUAUGACUUGUAUUUUAUUCAUUUAAAUUCCUGCUCAUUCUGGGUUUUGAAGUCCAGGAGGCGGAUCAAUCAGUGAUUGACAGCCUUCCCUUUAUGAAUGUGUAUACAGAGAUA